AUGUCGAAUAACAUAUCCACCACGUGCGUGCAUGCCUCCAAAACUGAAUUGACAGACAGGUUGUGUCCUGUCACCACUGAGGUCGUGGGGCCCCCACAAAAAAGAGCCACCCGGCAGGCAAAAGCGGCGCGGACAUGGAAAAGAGCAAAAGCCCCAAGAGAUUCUUCUGAAUCUUGUUCGGAUUCUGAGGAGGUCUCGAACGAGUCCGAUGAUAUCGGCUCCAGUGAAUCGAAGGUUUCCUCUCCGGACCGUAGCCUGGCACGCAAAGCGGUCAUAGCCACUAAUGAUACCGCGGAAGCAUCUGCUAUCCUAGACCCACAGGGUGAACCCCUGUUUGACCCCGACGCUUUGGAAAACCCGAGGUCGGCUGAAUGGUUCCUGACCGAGCACGUGGCACGAUAUAUAGCGGCCAGGAUCAGGAAACACCUGGAUAAGGCCACAAGGAAUAAGCUUAGGGCGGAAUGCCCUAGACCCCAAAGUGGCCCAAUUUCUGGGAAAAUAUGGCUGGAAGGCUAA